GCGGCGGUGAAAGGCGCCAUGUCGAUAGUACGAGUGAACGGUGCGCUAACCAUGGCCGGCAUACCUUAUACGCCGAUCCUACUCAUUGGUGCCAUUUUCGGAAACGUGAGGUGUCAGCAGAAGGAUAAGGAUGCUCCUGAGUUUGUUUGCCCGGAAGGCACGCAAGGCAACGGCAACUUCGCAGACCCGGCUACUUGCAGGCGCUUCUAUCAAUGUGUCGAUGGAUAUCCCUAUUUGAAUAGGUGCCCGUCGGGAUUAUAUUUCGACGAUAUUAGCAAGUUCUGUACGUUCAAAGUCGAGGCGAGAUGCGGACCUAUCGCUACAACACCCGCACCUAUCACUGAAGCUCCUCUAGAUUUGGCAUUAAAAUGUGACCCAGCAGAAUGUCAGCUGCCUUACUGCUUCUGUUCCAAAGACGGUACUUUAAUACCUGGCGGCAUUGAUCCUGAAGAGACACCGCAAAUGAUCAUGCUAACUUUCGACGGAGCCGUCAAUUUGAACAACUUCGAACAGUACAAGAAAGUUUUCAACGGCAAGAUAAAGAAUCCCAAUGGUUGUCCCAUACGAGGAACAUUCUUUCUCUCGCACGAGUACAGUAAUUACGCCAUGGUUCAAGCGCUUGCUCACGACGGGCACGAGAUCGCGACAGGGACGGUCUCCCAGCAGCAGGGGCUGCAGGACAAAGGCUAUGAAGAGUGGGCUGGCGAGAUGAUCGGCAUGCGCGAGAUAUUGCGGCGAUUCGCUAACGUGUCCCGCACCGAAAUAACAGGUGCGCGUGCGCCUUUCCUCAAGCCGGGCCGCAACACUCAGUUCAAGGUUCUAGAAGAUUUCGGUUACAUUUACGACAGUUCCGUCGGUGUGCCUCCGCUACCGAUGCCGGUGUGGCCUUACACGUUGGAUUACAAGAUCCCGCACGAGUGUAAAUCUGGAACAUGCCCUACUAAGUCCUUCCCUGGCCUAUGGGAGGUACCAUUCAAUGCACAUUACGUGGAAACUUACGAAGGCGGGCACUGUCCUUACUUAGAUCAGUGCGUUCUACAUAAUCAUGAUUCGGAUGAGGUUUUGGAAUGGCUUCAAGAAGAUUUUAGCCGGUACUACGAUCAGAACAGGGCGCCAUACAUGAUGCCGUUGCACACAAACUGGUUCCAGAUCAAGGAGUUGGAGAGGGGCCUCCAAAAGUUCUUACGUUGGGCGGCCAACUUGAAGGACGUUUACUUCGUGACAGUAACGCAAGCCCUGACAUGGAUGACAGACCCGAAGCCAGCAAAGUCGUUGACCAAUUACGAGCCAUGGCGCUGCGAUAAAAACGACCUGCCUCCAGCGCCCUGCAACCUGCCCAACAAGUGUGCUCUCUCCUUCAAACAUCCAGAUGCAAAUUUCACCGAUACCCGCUACAUGGAGACAUGCAGCGAAUGCCCCAAUCAAUAUCCUUGGUUAGGUGAUUCUGGCGGCACUGGAAUACCUGGCAAAGACAACUACAUACCAGACAAUUUGAAGAGAAAGUAAUUCCAGUAGUAGAAAUUUUCUAAUUGACUAUAUAAUCUGUUAUGCGAGCGAUGACAUAUUUGGUUCAAUACUCAAAACUUAUCUUUUAAGGCCACAUCUACUUUGUAUUUAAGUUAAAUUAGUCAUUGCUCUAAUAUAGAUUGUACUGUUUGUAUAUACGGCCUACUCUUAUAAUGCGUAGGUAGUUAAGGGAACG